AUAUCCGGGUAAUUUAACUAUGGCGAUAUUGCUAGCUAUGUUUGGCGUCCCUCACAACCGAAUUAAACUAUAAUUUUACAUUUCAAUUUUAAUGCUUAUUAAAAUCGCCCAAAACUAAUGCAAUGGCAAUGGUUUCUCAACACAGAUCUCGAUCUUUAUUAACUCGGAUUUCUAAUCUAGAUCUAACAGAAAGUAACUGUUCAAGUCACAUUGGUCUUAAAUUUAUGAAACAGUUGAAGUUGAAACACACGCACAGCUCAAAUGAAUUUUCGCAUAAAACGAGAGUUUGUGCUAGAAGUAAAAGCUUAGUGCUACAGAGAAAUUGUUCAAUGUCAAAGCCAGUGAUGACUGUAACAUGGGAGCCUGUGGCACCAUUAGGCCCCAAUGCUGCUUUUCAUGCUUGUGCUUUGGUAGGAAAAACACUGUACUUCCAUGGCGGCAUCCAAGAUGCGUCUUCAUCCAGCGUUCCGUCCAAACAGUUCUUUAAGCUCAAUUUAGAUACAUUGCUAUGGGAAAAGGUAGCAGCACCAGGUAGCCCUGCCCUUAGUCACCAUGCAGCUGUUGUCUUGGAAAACAGGUAUUUUACCCUCAUCGGGGGAUGGAACGGUAAGAAAAGACUCGCCAGCAUUUACGUUUAUGACACGGUUGAAAACAAGUGGAUGGAAAUGACCCACCAAGGGUUCCCCUCUGGAGCAGGCCUCAGCUCCCACACAGCUACCCUAACCACUAAUGGGAAAGUGUUGGUGAUUGGCCGAGAAGGGAGCCUCCGAACCCAGCGCAAGCAUGGUAACAUGUACAUAUUAAGUGGGAGCGUGGCAAGCAAUCAGUUUAUUUACACGUCUUACACGAAUAAUAUCAUAUCCAGGUCAGGGCAUACAGUGAAUCUCAUAGGGAACAAUCUUUACAUCCUAGGCGGACGCAGUGACAUGCUGUUUGAAAAGUUUGUAGGUAUCGACUACAAGAAAAACUCAAGCUGUAUGCUGCUUGAUAGUAUCGGAAAAGAAAUCAACUCUAGCCACCAGCAACACUUGGAGAAGCUCCCUUGCGGAAGGAAACAUCACAUCUCGGCUGCCACCAACGACUUCAUCCUGAUGCACGGAGGAGAAACCUUUGACGGCAAGGCACACGCCCCCGUGGGGGAUUUGUUUUUAAUAACACUGAAACCCAUCACAAAGUUCUACCAGCUACACAGCUCCCAGCUGUGCAGGUCAGGGCAUGCAUGCAUUGUUCUGCCAAACAGAAUCUUUAUCCAUGGUGGCCGAAGUGGAAAAAAUGUUAUUAACUCUGGUCUCUAUGAGCUGAAAAUCACUACCAGCUAGCCUCAGCGUCAGUACUUUGAAUCCCCCCUCCAGCUAAUUAACUUUUAUUACUUAUUAGAAUUUAUUUUUCAAAUCUUAAUGCUGGGAUUUUAAUUGGCUUUUGAACAAUUGUCAUAAAAAAAAAUAUUUCUUUUACCUACCCCCCCCCCCCCUUUUCCAAAUUAACUCUAGCUGGGGCGCCAUGACUUUUUAUUUUUACACCUGCCUAGUGUAAAGAUAGGCCCAUUCUUCAAUGUUCAUUUUUUUUUUCUUCUCCUUUUAUUUUUAACCUCCUUUUUUUUUUAAAAAAAUUUCUCAGUGCCUGAAAAAACUUUUUUAGAGCUGCUUUGGAAACUGGAUAGAUACUUAAACUUACUCCCCCCCCCAACUUUUUUUUUUUUUGGUUUCCUUCCCCCAGAGGUCCAUUCUCUCUAAAUCUGCACUGGGGACACACCUCCCCCCCCCCGCUCUUUUGGCUUUCCUUCUACCAGAGAUCAGGUCCUCUUUAGAACUCCACUGACCUAGAAACAUCCUUAAAUCAAAUGAGCUCAGCACAGUGGGCUCUACCGCACUUUGCGUUCAGAAUACUUAGCUACAUUUUAACAUCGCCUUUGAGUUGUAAUAGUCCCUUUGUCUUUCUUUCUUCUGGUGCUAGUCUGGACUCAAAAUAUGUCCCUAGUUUUCUUAUUGUAAGGGAAGAGCUCUAACUAAAGUGAUACCUUUUUUUUUCCCCUAUUAUUUAUUAUCUUUUUUUGUUCAAACUAAAGCAGAACCCAUGGCAUAGUGUACUUAUAACAUUUGGUUCCAAAGAAUUAACAAUUCCUAUGGCACACACUUUUGUACUGCUGGAAUAGAAUUACUUUUCCCGGUAUCCACCCAGAGACUCUCUCUAUUUUUUUACCAAAAUACCAUAUAAGCUAUUCUCUGUAUAUAUUUACAAGCAUUGUCUAGCAUUACUGAAAUUUCACAAGUACCAUUUCUGUAUAUUUAUUUUUUACCAAAGCUAUUCUCUGUGCAUAUUUACAAGUAUUAUUUGUCAUUACUGAAAUUUAUAAAGUUCCAUUUCUCUGCUGAGUACCCCAAAUGGUUAUAUUGGUAUUGAUGAAUAUUAUUUUUAAUCCAAGAAAGGUUAGUAACUUUCUGAGCAUAAUGUGCAGUUCUUCCCAACAUAUGUGUAUACAUGUAAUAAGGCUUUUUUUCAAGUCCAAGUCUAGCUAUGGUCUACAUAUUUUGCCAUAUGUAACCCAGACAAAACUAUGCAGUAUUUUACAUGGCUGCUUAGUCCUAGCUGUGGUCUACAUAUUUUGCCAUAUGUAACCCAGACAAAACUAUGCAGUAUUUUACAUGGCUGCAUAGUCCUAGCUAUGGUCUACAUAUUUUGCCAUAUCCAAAGCCUUAUGCAUAUACAAUUAAUAAUAGCAGCAUGUUCACUGUAUUUUCUGCCAAACUCUAAACUCAACUCCAAAACUAACCCUUACCCCAAAAAGCAGCUGUUAAAACCUGCUACUGAGCAGUAAGCAUGAUGUUUAUUCAAACUAAAGUGAUGGUUGUAAAGCUUGAAGCUUCACUAAUCCUGUAAACCUGGUUGUUUUAAUAGAUUAAAAAAACAAAAAGAAGACAUAGUUGAGAAUACAAGAUCAUAUGCAAAUAUC